GUUGGCAAGACUAUUCCAUUAAGUCUCAAUUCGGCACAUUAGUCAAAAUUAUUUAAAAUUGUAAUUGGGCCAUUUCGGCUAUCCUGGGAAGAAAAUGCCGAGCCUUGUCAACUCAGAAGUGGAACUGGCGGUUAAGGGCUUCUUAAUCGACCAAGAAAAGAUGGUUGAGGUGGUGGAACGAAUGGGCAAGGAGUUGAAGAUGGGUCUGGCUAAGGACACACAUCCGCGGGCAGUGAUCAAGUGCUUCGUUAGCUAUGUCCAGGAUCUACCCACAGGCAAGGAGCGGGGAAAGUUUUUGGCCUUAGAUUUAGGUGGCACGAAUUUCCGGGUUCUCAUAGUUAACCUGGUAAGCUCUAGUGAUGUGCAAAUCAUCUCGAAGAGCUAUAAUUUCCCACCGGCCCUAAUGACGGGACCGGGAAAAGCGCUUUUUGACUUCCUGGCCGAAAGCCUAGAAGAGUUCUGCAAAGAACAAGGUCUGGAAGAUACCCCCUUGUCUCUUGGAUUUACCUUCUCGUUUCCCUGCCAACAGCAGGGUCUAUCGAAGGCCAUACUGGUGACCUGGACAAAGGGUUUCAGUUGCGAAGGCGUGGUAGGCAAAAACGUGGUAAGUCUACUCCAAGAAGCCAUCGACCGGAGGGGAAACUUAAAGAUCACCAAUAUAGUGGUAAUAAACGAUACCGUGGGUACCCUGAUGUCCUGCGCCUACAAUCACCCCAACUGCCGAAUAGGAUUGAUCGUGGGAACUGGCUCCAAUGCUUGCUAUGUGGAGAAAACAGUGAAUGCCGAGUGUUUCGAGGGCUAUCAGACUAGCCCUAAGCCUUCCAUGGUCAUCAACUGCGAGUGGGGAGCCUUUGGAGACAAUGGUGUCCUCGAGUUCGUGCGAACAUCGUACGACAGAGUGGUUGACAAAAUAACACCCAAUCCCGGCAAGCAGACCUUCGAGAAGUGCAUCUCCGGGAUGUAUAUGGGUGAACUGGUGCGCCUGGUCGUCAUAGAAAUGAUAAGCAAGAACUUGAUGUUCGUCGGCGAUAAUUCCGAAAAGUUGCAGCAGCGAUGGAGCUUUAAGACCUCAUAUAUUUCGGAUAUCGAAAGCGAUGCACCGGGGGAAUAUCGUCACUGCAGUAGAGUCCUCCACGACCUGGGAAUGAUGGGCACUCAAGAGACGGACAAGGAGGCUCUCAGAUUUAUUUGCGAAGCGGUAUCCUCGAGAUCGGCAAAGCUCUGUGCCUGCGGCUUAGUCACGCUUAUCAACAAGAUGAACAUCAAUGAAGUGAUCAUCGGCAUCGACGGCAGUGUCUAUCGCUACCAUCCCAAGUACCAUGAGUUGCUCCAGUUCCAUAUGAAGAAACUCCUCAAACCGGGCCUCAAGUUUGAACUGGUUGUUUCCGAGGACGGAUCCGGCAGAGGAGCAGCUCUGGUGGCAGCCACGGCUGCCCAAAAUAAACCCAAAUAGAAAGUUCUACGUAACUUAUUUAUUUGAAAUUUUUUUAAUUUUCGAUAAUAUUUCCAAAAUUAAUAAUAAAGUUUAACUUUUAAAACAAA